GGGACGUUCCUUAAAAACCAAUCACCCAUACUGCAAUGGCAGUCAGAUGUCGGGGCACAGUUUGUGUGGCCUCGGUUCGUAAUCCAGAUGUACUGGUUAGGGCCUUGGUACCUUGCUUGGUACUAGUGGGGUCUAAAAAGCCGGCGUGUGACGCGGACGCGCAGGUUUUCCGAAACGGCUCGUCCGAUCACCUUGAAGCCUUCGCCAAUCAAUUGCAACGUGCAACGGGGCUGAGCCAUCAUAUGGUCUGAAGAGACAGGCAGAGCUGCUUUGGGCUGGCUGCAGCAGACACCUGCCCUGCCCUGCCCUGCCCUGCCCUGCCCUGCCCUGCCCUGCCUGCCCUGCCCUGCCCUGUCCUGAUCUGACCUGACUGUGCUGACCUGACCUGACCUGACCUGACCCCAGCUGAGGCAUCAUGGACACAGACCUGCAAGGGGAGCUGGAGGCAGCGCCACCUGCCGAGCGGCCGCGCAGCAAGGUGGCGCUGGUGAUGGCCUCCAUCACGGGCGCCGCCGCCGUCGGCCUUACCGUUGUCAGCUGGCCCUUCGUGGCGCCCGCCUUCAGAAAGGUGUGUUUGCCGUACGUGCCGGCCACCACGGAGCAGGUGAUGAACGUGCUGCGCGUGCUCAAGGGUCGCUCCGGCCCGCUGGUCGACCUCGGCAGUGGCGACGGCAGAAUCGUAAGUCUCCACCGCUCUGGGGGCGAAGCAGUGACUCCGUACGCUCUGACUGCCUGGGUUGCCGCUGGCUGGGUGUGGCCGUGUUACGAUGGCGUCGCGGCGGCGCAGGAGACGGUUCGGUACACGGUGAUGAAGCGGCGCCCGGGCCGCAUCUCGCACCUGCUGCCGCACAGUAUCGCCCUGGAGACGCUCAGCCACACGCAGACGGCCGAGGAGAUCCUGGCCGACUCGGAGGGUGAUGCCCACAGCCUCGGCAAGCGCGUCUCGGUGUAG